AAAAUGAGAACAUACAAAAGGAAAAGUGAGAAGGGUAAAACCCCGUACGAUAUUAUGAAGCGAGCAGUGAAGGUUGUCCUUGAAGAAAAUUUUUCGGUCAGAAAAGCUGCAAAAAAUUUUGAGAUACCAAGAAAAACCUUAGAAAAAUAUUGCAAAAAAUUUAUGGCAGUUCAGGAACAAAAUGGAAAUUUGAUAAAUAUUCAAAUAGGUUACGCUAAAAGCCGACAGGUGUUUUCUACUGAACAGGAAGAACUUCCAAGAAACCCCCCAAAAUAUAAAAUCGAGAUUUGUUUGUACUGGAUGUCCCUUUAAUACAAAUAUUUUUGGGGAGCAAGAUUUCUUACCUGCGUAGGUAUACAACCGAUGGGCCUCCAAAUACAGUGAUUGCACCAAAUUAGAUGAAUAAUAGCACAUUAGAAAUUAAUGCAUCCCCCAAAUUAACUACUCAAAAAAAAAUAAACAAUCAUCUUGAAGAUAAGAAGAAUUUGA